CGCGUCGUGACGUAACGACGCUGGACGCUGUGCGCUACGUUCUCAAAGCAAGAUGGCGGCGUCCUGAGCAGACUACUCUAAUUUUCGUGUUUAUUUUGUGAAGUGUUCAGAGCACACAUAAAGAUGCCUACAGCACUGAACCUCAGCAAUGAGGUGGUCAAAAUGAGGCCGGAGGUUAAAAGGGUGAAGGUGCUCAUCAUCCGGAAACUCAUCCGUCAGAUCUCAGUCCUGGAGAAGAAGAAAGGUAGCGAGGCAGACUUGGAGAAGCUCCGCAGGCGAGCAACUAGGCUUCGGGAGGAGAUCCAUGAGCUGAAAGCUGUCGCGCCUGACUGCGUCACCAAGGCCGCCCUACAGAAGGAGAUCAGCUUUGAGAAAGUGUGCCGGAAUAAAGAGGCCAGCCUAUCCGAACGAGUCAUCGCCCGCAUCGCCACGCACCCACAGUUCAGCAAGAAAAUCCAGAGCAUAAAGGCAGCCAUCAAAGCCUUCAAAGAAGAGAGAAUAAAUGCAUUAAAUCCAGAAAAACAAGCAAAAAACAAUGCAGAAAUUCCAAUGAUCAAGUCACAAGCAGACAGCGAUAAUGAUGUGGGUUCAGAGAAAUCAAACGAUGAAGUUGAUGAUGAGAAACUGAAAGAGGAUGACGGUGAUAAAAAUACAGAUGAAGACAGACGAGAGGAAAUUGAUGUUUCCUCACAGGACAGCCAGAAGACGAGUUUAGAGACAACAGAUGAACAGGCCAGCCCUUGCCAGAAUGAAGAAUCCCUUACAGUUGAGGAAUCAUCUGAAGCAGUGGCCAUCCCAGAGGAGGUGAUCAGGAUGAGGAAGGAAGUAAAGCGGACAAGGGUGCUGAUCAUCAGUAAAAUGGCAGAGCAAGUGGCUGCUCUGAAGAAGAAGAAGAAAGGUCAGGAAUCUGAGGUGAAGGAAAGCCAAGAAAGAGCAACCGAAAUCAUGAAAGAAAUCAAGGCUUUAAGGAGCCUUAAACUAGAUCAGGUGACCAUGACUGCACUUCAGGAGAAUGUUGACCUUGAGAAGGUUUUGCAGGACCCUCAGGCAAGCCCAGUGAACAGAGCCAUUGCACAUAUCUCCACACAUUCCCGAUUCAUCACCAAGCUCCAGAAGGUUAAAGAAGCCAUCAAAGAAGAAAAGGCAAAGGCUACUGAAGCUGAGCAGAAAAAGACUGACAGACUGAGUAUGAUGCAGUCCAAGAGUGAAGACGAGGAACCAGAGGAUGACCCCAACAGUGAUGACAGUGAGGAGGAUGGUGAUGUGGCAAAGGAAAAAUUUAACAGUCCUACCAUUGAGAUCCAUAAGUCUAGUGUUGCAGAGCUCACAGAAAGUACAGACUCUGAUCUCGUAAAGGUGCCACCAUCCAAGAUCAGCACAAUAUCUUCAGAAAAAUCCAAAAGGGUUGAAAUUAAAUCACAGAAAGCAGAGGCCACGGCUCUAAACGUCCAAAGUUCUUCUCAAAAGUCUUCAACCGUAAGCAAGAAGAAUGCUGGUAAAGCAAACAACGAAUCUGAGACCACCUUAAAGCCACAAAAGAAAAAAGACCUACCUGAGACCAAGAGGGCUGAGGAAGAAAAGGUCGAUGAAGAGAGUGAUUUAUCAGAUGAGGAGGAAGAGAAGGAAUAUUUCGACGACAGCACAGAGGAACGUUUCCAUAAGCAGUCGUCUCAGUCUGAAGAGAGUGAUGACGAUGACUUCUUCCUGGGUAAAGUUAGCAAAUUCAAGAAACGGAGAAGCAACCAAGGUAAAGUCGAGGAGAAAAAGAGUGAGCUUCAAACAACUGACAAGGAGGCCACCAGCAAACCUCAUGAGACAAACCGUGGCAAAUUACAGCCUGUGUUUUGCUCAGCGUUGUCCAAAUCUAGUCUGUCCUCUCAGAAAUCGAAGUUUGGCUCCCGCAAUGAUAGCCUAAGACCUCCUCGAUUCCAGAACCAGAGGAAAGGCCCUGAGGGUAGGAUGAAAGCAGCUCAGUAUAAAAGCCGAGACCUUGGUGCUGACAGGAGGACGGGUCCAUUCAGUCCCAACAGACAGACUUUUAAAGUUGCUGGACAAAGGCAGGCGGGACCUUUGGGGGCAAGGAGGGGAAGGCCACAGUUUGAGCAGAACCGGAAUCCUCGAGGUCCACCUGCCAGGAUGUCAGAACCACCCCAGCAGUCCCUUCAUCCCUCAUGGGAGGCUAGCAGAAAGAGAAAAGAACAGCAGGCACAAAUCACAGUCUUCCAAGGGAAAAAGAUCAGAUUUGAUGAGGAUUAUUAAGAAGAAUCUGCUCAAAUUCAUUUGAUGCGUUUGAUUUAAGACUUAAAAAAUAAAGGAAAAUCCUUUGACUUUUUAUUAAAACACAGAUGUAAACCA